AUGACUCUCCCUGCUCCUCCAGUCCUCAAAACAACUAUCAUACAACUUAAUAAGGAUUUGGAACUGAAUGACAAAAAUUAUGAGAUACUCACCAAUGAUUAUUCAACUUCUAAUUCUCCUAAAGAUGGGAUAUUUAUAGAAGAUAGUACAAGCUCAGGGAAUUCUGCCGCUGAAGCAGCAGCUGCAGCAAAGAAGAAAAGAAGAAGAUCUUCCGCCAAUGUCGACUCCGAAGAAUUGGCCAAACGUAGAACUGAAACAAAACAAUUACACUCUAUCAUUGAGAAAAGAAGAAGAAUUAAAAUUAAUAGAGAGUUUGAAGCUCUCAAAUACUUAAUCCCCGCAUGUAGGUCAACUACCCCACAGCAGCAAAAGAAGACAUCCACCACCAGUAAUAUUUCAAAUAAUGGUAACAAAAUCGAUGGGAUGUAUAAAUUGACGAUUCUUAAAUCAUCAGUUGAAUAUAUCUUGUAUCUCCAUCAUAUUAUUAAACAACAACACAAUAUGCUUACUUCUCAAUCCUCCGGGUAUGAUUUUGAAAUAGACUUUGCCAAAGUACCACUUGAUGUGAAUCAAUACAGAAACAUUGAUAAAGAAUUUGAUUUUAGAGGGCUUUUAGAAGAAAAUUCUAGUGAUUUUAAUCGAUCAAAGGAAUCAUUUGAUGCGGUUGAAGAAGAAGUUGAGGAAGGAGAAGAUGUUAGUUCAGUUUCUGAAGGAGAUGAAAUUAAAACUCAACUUCCAAGUCCUGAUAUCACUCCAGAUAUGGCUCCAAUAUUGACCAUGUUAAAGAAAUAUGGUAACAAUUCAUCAUUCAAUGCAUCAAAUGCUUCACCUAUGUUGUUCUCGUCGUUCUCGUAUCCAGUAUCGGCUAAUACUUCACCACUUACAAUUCCAAACAAGACUUCAGUAGCUGCAAGUACAGCUACCGCUACCGCUAUGACCAAUGGGACAAAGAGCUUUAGUUUACCAGACCCAGCUAUUAAUCCAGAAAAUUCUCCCCCAGUAGGAACAUAUGAACCAAAAAGAAAAUUAUUUAAAAGUAAAGUUCCAAUCAACAAUACAAUUGUGCUUAACCGUCCAUUGACAAUUAAAUCCACUUCUAUGGAUGAUCUCCGCAAGACAUUUGAUGCCGAUCAAGACGCAUCCAAGGCGUUAUUGGCUUUAAGAAAGUCCAGUAUCGACAGUCUUUUGAAUUGA